AUGCGAAAUGUUGAAGACAACAAAGCGGCAAAUUAUGGAGAAGCCCAAAUUCAUUCCGAUGAUCCUGAAGAUAGCGUUCUGACACAUAGCACGUCAGCAUUUUUUACUGGAACGUUUGGAAUGUGGAACAUCUACGUCUUACUGCUUCUCGCCAUGUACGCUCCUUCACACAAAUGCUACUCUGGCGUAACAGAGUUGGUUGACGAGAAUGAGGGUUUAAUGGAUGGGACAUACGAGGCGAACCCGAUGACUACGUUUUUGAAGCCAGCCACAGACUAG